AUGCCCGCGGUUCAGGAGACGAUCGAUCAGGUCGCAAAGAUCGAUGUCGAUCAGUACAAAUACGGCUUUGAGACCAUCCUGGAGAUGGACAAGGCCCCAAAGGGCCUGAACGAGGACAUCAUCCGCUUCAUCUCGGCCAAGAAGGAAGAGCCCGAAUGGAUGCUGGAGUGGCGGCUUGACGCCUAUCGGCGCUGGCUGACGAUGGAGGAACCCGACUGGGCACGGGUGAACUAUCCCAAGAUCGAUUUCAACGACAUCUACUACUACGCCGCGCCCAAGGGGCAGACCGGCCCGAAGACCAUUGACGAUGUCGAUCCGGAAAUCCGCCGCACCUAUGAAAAGCUCGGCAUUCCGCUUGCCGAACAGGAAAUCCUGGCCGGCGUGCAGGAGCGCAGGGUUGCCGUCGACGCGGUGUUCGAUUCGGUGUCCGUCGUCACCACCUUCAAGGCCGAGCUCGCCAAGGCCGGCGUGAUCUUCAUGUCGAUCUCCGAAGCGAUGCGCGAGCAUCCCGAACUGGUGAAGAAAUAUCUCGCCUCGGUGGUGCCGGUCUCCGACAAUUAUUACGCCGCGCUCAAUUCGGCGGUCUUCACGGACGGUUCGUUCGUCUAUGUGCCCGAGGGCGUGCACUGCCCGAUGGAACUGUCGACCUAUUUCCGCAUCAACGAGAAGGACACCGGCCAGUUCGAGCGCACGCUGAUCAUCGCCGAAAAGGGCGCCUACGUGUCCUAUCUCGAGGGUUGCACGGCGCCGCAGCGCGACGAGAACCAGCUUCACGCCGCCGUGGUCGAACUGAUCGCGCACGAGGAUGCGGAGAUCAAAUACUCGACCGUCCAGAACUGGUAUCCGGGCGAUGCCGAGGGCAAGGGCGGCAUCUACAAUUUCGUCACCAAGCGCGGCGACUGCCGGGGCGACAAUUCCAAGAUUUCCUGGACCCAGGUCGAGACCGGUUCGGCAAUCACAUGGAAGUACCCGUCCUGCAUCCUGCGCGGCGACAAUUCACGCGGCGAAUUCUAUUCGAUCGCGGUGUCGAACGGUGCGCAGCAGAUCGAUUCGGGCACCAAGAUGAUCCAUCUGGGCAAGAACACGUCGAGCCGGAUCAUCUCCAAGGGCAUUUCGGCGGGUACGUCGGAAAACACCUAUCGCGGCAAGGUGUCCGUGCAUCGCAAGGCGACCGACGCGCGCAAUUUCACCCAGUGCGAUUCGCUGCUGAUCGGCGACCGCUGCGGCGCACACACCGUGCCCUAUAUCGAGGCCAACAAUUCCUCGGCGCAGCUCGAGCACGAAGCGACCACCUCGAAGAUUUCCGAGGACCAUCUGUUCUACUGCAUGCAGCGCGGCAUUCCCGAAGAGGAGGCGAUCGCGCUGAUCGUCAACGGCUUCGUCAAGGAGGUCAUCCAGGAGCUGCCGAUGGAGUUCGCCGUCGAGGCGCAGAAGCUGAUCGGCAUUUCGCUGGAAGGCAGCGUUGGGUAG